AUCAGUUGACUUUUGGCUGCUGGCAGCGUCGCGGGCGCGCUCAAAAGAAAUUCGCCAAGUGAAAAUUCUGUUUGAUUCUGUGUUGCCAACUAGAACAGAAACAACAUGAGUCCGCGACCACGCGAAGGUUUAGGAGCAACGCAGCUGUUCGAUGGCAGCUCGGACACGUGCCACAAUCGCAAAGAGCCAAAGGAUGCUGCUGCUGAUAACUGGGAAGUUGAACAGCACUCGACGGAGCAACUAGCAUUGGAUGCAGCACAUCAGUUUCCUUCCAACGAGGAGCCCAAUGUGCUGGGACAUGGACCCGACAAGCUGAGCACGCUUAAAUGGCUUUGUAACUUUGAUGAUGCGCCAACCCAUUUGAAGUUCAAUCCGUACAUACGUCGUGGCUAUCGCACAUUCCUCUCCAACAAGUUGUGCCUGCAGAGCAUCUUCUGGUGGACCAAUGAGACUAUCAACAUUUGGAGUCACUUGGCUGGUUGCAUACUCUUCAUUGGCUUGACCAUCUUUGACUUUCAGUUUCUGCAGCUGCAUGCUGAGCUUGCAGAUCAGGUGCUUGUGGUUUGUCUGCUGGUUUGCUUCUGUUUGUGCAUGUUAAUGUCGGCUAUAUAUCAUAUAUUCUCCUGCAAAUCGGAAGAGCACUAUGAGCUGUUUUUAUCUGUCGACUUUCUGGGCAUAUCGCUGUCGCUGGUGGCCAUUUACAUAAGCGGCAUGUACUAUGCCUUUUGGUGCCAUAAGUUUUUACAAACUUUAUAUUCCACCAUUGCGCUGGGCAUGUUUGGACUUGCAAUUGCUGUGCAAAUCCCGAAGCUAAAUGUCUCCAUGAACGGCAAGGUGGCUGUCCUGCUGUCUUGGUCUGCCUAUGGCAUAAUUCCUUUGGGUCAUUGGGCUAUUGCUAUGGGCGGCUUGGAGAACGAGCUGGUGCGUCUUAUGGCGCCACGAAUUGUCAUCAUGUACCUGCUUUGCCUUGUCGCCUUUGUUUUCUAUGCGGCCAAGAUACCUGAGCGCUGGUUUACCGGCAAGGUGGACUUUGUUGGACACUCGCACAACUGGUGGCAUCUCAUCAUAGUGGCCGCCUUUUAUCAUUGGCAUAACACAGGUCUGGUCUAUGCUGAAUAUCGUUUAAACAACGGAUGCAGUGCGCCUGUGCUCUCUUGAGCUUUAAGACUCCAACUCUCCAUAGUUAUUGGCGCUCUCUCUUAACGUCUUAGUGUAAAUAGGCUUAAUUCUGAGAAUUAACUAAUAUUUAAUUUAGUUAUAGUUUGUUGCGCGAUAUUCCUAAUUUAUGUGUACAUUACGCUACGCACACAAUCAAAAACACACACAUACAUACACACAUUAAAUUUGUGCGCAGUUAGGGUGUUCUGUCUUAGUCCUAAACUUAUAUAUAUUUAGCUGUAGUUCAAUUGAAGUGAAUUAUAAGUGAUUUUUAUAAACUUUAUUAACGAUAAAACUGUAAAAUAUCAAAAAAA